AUGGGCUCAUCAGGAUCAAAAGCAGCCCGAGCAGCAGGCUCUACAGCUCGUCAAUAUCCCACAAGAGCUCCAACCACGUCCUCGACGUCAGCGCCAGCAGCCACGUCCAAUGCGCCGCCACAAGCACCACCCGCAGCAACACGAUCAUCAUCCGGUCCAACAGUUCGACCCACUCCCCAUGCAAGCGGUUCCCGCGACGAAGCAAUCAACUUAGAUGCUUCAGACCCGGAUUUCGCCCAGUCGCUACGUACUCUAGGACCUGUACAACCCAACCCAACAAUGUCGCCCACAUCCGCCUUCCAAAACGGUCAAGGCGUACAACGCAAUACACCAGACCUUCGCAAAAACCCCGCGAUCAUGGUCCUCUCCGCACGUUCGCGCCUGCAAGACGAAGCAGACGCGGAGUUUGAAGAAGGUGGCAGGCGCGGACACGUCGGCAGGCAGUAUUUGGAUGUCUACACCAUCAGACAGAUUUUACAGAUGCGUGAUCAAAGAAAGCAGUCUGCCGCGGAGAUUGAGAAGACUCUGGGAUUGAAGGAAGGUGUGGUUGCGAGGCUUGGUGGGCCUGGUGUUGUGGCCAUGGCUUAUGACACGGGUCGAGCACAGCAGGAGAUCAAUAUGGUUUGA